AUGAAUACAGAAACAGAACCAAAUGAAUCACGGAAAAGAGCACUUUCCCCAUCUACAAGUAAUGAGGAACCAAAUCAAAAACGAAUGGCCGUGGAUGCGUCAAUAACCCCAAAAAAGACUGGGAAUAAGAUGUCCAAGAAGAAAUCAACUAAAGCCAAAUCGGCCAAAGCAAAAUCCACCAAAGUCAAAUCGACCAAUAAAAAAUCAACUAAAGCUAAAUCAACCAAAGCAAAAGCAAAGAAAGAAAAGUUGAUGAAACCAAAAGCGACCAAAACUAAAUCAGCCAAAGCAAAAGCAACGAAAAGAAAAUCGAUGAAAGCAAAAGCCAAAAAAGGAAAAUCACGUCGCAAAACACGGCCAGCCAAAUCAACUACCGAACAAGUAGAUCAUACCAAGAAUUGA